UAAGACCUAGUACUGCACAUAAAACCUAGUCUGGUCUGGUCUUCAGGAAGCUACGUAAAAUCUUGUGCAUUGGGAUUCAGGACUUUAAAAUGGCUGAAGUUAAAGGUCCGAUAUCUAUGAUCGACCCGUCGCAGCUGCUGCGUCCGGAGCCGACCUUCAACGACAAACCCGUGGACGCCUUCCGCGACUACUCCUUGGAUGACGAGGACCCCAUCAAGGAGAGAGUCCGCAGGACCUACUACACUAUGCAUACUAACGUCACCGUGGACUUUGUUAAAGAGAAACGCGAGAAAUGGCUGAAAUUCAACCACUUCAAAUCGGCGAUCAAGGACGCUCUGAUCAAGCUGAACGAGCUGGUGGACGAGUCAGACCCCGACACCGACCUCCCCAACAUCGUGCACGCCUUCCAGACCGCCGAGAGGAUCCGCCAGGACCACCCUGAUGACGACUGGUUCCAUCUCACUGGACUCAUCCACGACUUGGGCAAGGUGAUGGCUUUCUACGGCGAGCCGCAAUGGUGUGUGGUGGGGGACACUUUCCCAGUCGGCUGCAAGUGGGCGGACUCCAUCGUGUACGGGCCAGAGAGCUUCAAGGACAAUCCGGACACAUACAACCCCAAAUAUAACACGAAAUACGGCAUGUAUCAGCCGCACUGCGGGCUCGAUCAGCUGUUGAUCUCGUGGAGCCACGACGAGUACAUGUACCAGUUCCUCAAGCACAACAAGUCAAAACUGCCAGAGAAAGCGCUUUAUAUGAUCAGAUACCACUCAUUGUAUCCGUGGCACGCCGGUGGUGACUACAGACAUCUCACCAAUGAGAAGGAUGAACAGAUUCUACAGUGGGUCCUCGAAUUUAAUAAAUAUGACUUGUACACGAAGAGCGCGAACGUGCCAGACAUCGACGCCCUGUGGCCCUACUACGAGGGGCUCAUUGACAAAUACAUCCCCGGGGUCUGCGAGUGGUGAAUAGUAAUUAAAGAAGGCAGUAUUAAUUUGUAGUAUAUCAUUUUAUACAUUUUAUAAAAUAUAUUGACUGUA